GAGCGGCGGUGUUCGUCUUAGGUAUUGGAAAGGACGUCGAUACUUCUGAACUUACGGAAAUCGCCUCCUCACCUGGCAAUGUUUUUACAGUGGACUCCUUCAGAGAUUUGUACAGGAAAACUGAUGAAGCAAAAAGAGGCAUUUGUAUACUAGGUAUAUUUAUAAUUCCACAUUCUAUCCUAGUAUUAUCUGUAGAGAAACAGUUGAGCAUUACCGCCAGUAAUGGUGUACAUCAUAUUAUUUCUUCGUGACAUUUUUUUUUUUCUUCUACGAUUUGAUAGUUCCUGCAAUACCGACACCAACAUCAGCACCACCCGCACCAGGUAAGUACCGGUCCUUAUAACAGCAUGUUUUGCAAUUAAUUAAAGUGUCAAAAGUAGGUUGAGUUUGAUCGUCCGGGGAACGUAGUCCUGAAUAGGACUGUUGUUGUUGACCGUGACUGUCCUUGACAUUAUUAAGCAGUCGCCGUAAAGUGGUUAUCGGUUUGUGUGCCACACAUAUAUUGUAAGGUUGUAAUAUACGCGCAAUAGUUUCAGAGGUGCCGAAACGCACCAAUUACUGAUUAGGAGUCUUUAUAGCCAAUAACAUCACGGCUUAACUGACAGACGUACAAUAACAUCGCGACGUAUUUGACCAAUCAGAUGAAUAAACAGAGUACAAUACCAUACAAUACCAACGGACGUGAUACAACUCACUUUGACUCUGAAGAUGACUACCGCACAGGUUGUCGAAACGUCAGUCACUGUCAACAACAACAGUCAGGACUACGUUCACCCGGACGAUCAAACUCAACCUACUUUUGAAAUGACUCCUGAGUUCAAACCUUUCACAGUAAUUAAAGUGUCUUGAAGAUUCCGUUUUCACCUCAUUUUUUGAACAGCCGAAGUAAGUUUUUACUCCGAAACUCUUUUUUUUUUUUCAACAGAAUCUUGCCCAAUACCAAUGGAUACUACUUUUAUUAUCGACUCAAGCGUUUGCGAUGACAGCAGGAACUGGAACCGUCUGCUAUACUUUGUCCAAACCUUAGUAAACUAUUUCAAUGUUUCAUCCUCUGGAGGUCGUAUUGCGCUCAUUACUUUCAGCACUGACGCGAAAGCGGUUCUCAAGUUCAACACUCUUUCUGGAAGCUUUCUUAAUAGCGCAGAGAUCAACAGACUAGUUGGUUCAUUGCAAUGUCAGCAAGGCUACAGACGUAUAGAUAAAGCACUGGAUCUGGCAGAUAAGGAGGUUUUGAGUCCAACUGGAGGAGUGAGAGAUGUGUCCAAGGUAUUUUACAUGUAAUGUUUUGCGAAUUCUGGUGAAUUGUGAUUAUUAUGAUUAUCAAUAUUAUUUUUGUUAUUUUAUUAUUUUUAUUUUGAUUUAUUUAUAUAUUUAUAUUUUGUUAGGAUAAGAUUAGAGCUACAGUUUUUAGAAACUGUCCAAACUCUACUUCGAUAUAUUACUCGGGAUACUACCCUUAAAUUUUGCCUCUUAUAUAACGUUCGAAUACACACUAUUUACUUCCUUAAUAUUUGCCUAUUUAUUCUACAUAUAGUGGAAUUCGUCAUGUCUCGAUGAUCAUGUUUCUUAAGUGAUCAUUUUUCUUUUUGCUUAUUUUAAAGCCUAUUUUGGUUAUCACCACUGGAAAGCAGACAAAAAAUCAAGGAGUGUACAUGCCUCUUGACAUAGCAUCCUCGCGACUUCAGAGUAAAGGUGCCGUCGUGUUCGUCGUAGGUAUAGGUAAUGACGUUGAGGAAUCAGAACUUAACGACAUUGCUUCAUCACCUAAGGACGUAUUUAGGGUGGACUCUCAUAAAGAAUUGUACAGCAUAGCUGAUGCUGCAAAGAGAGGCAUAUGUAUUAUAGGUAUGUAAAGCUAAAGUUGUUUAUUUAUUAGUAGUGUAGUAAGGACCGAUUGCUCCGUCAGAGGUGAGUAAAGCGGCCGGUAAAACAAAUGUAUUUAAAGCUCACAAUGAGCUAGUCCUCUUCAAAGUGAACAAUUUGCAGGCAAUCUGUUGUCAGCGAUGGACAACCUUUCAAACCAACAAAAACGUUUUAAGCAUAACACGUUGAGUUAUCUCUCAAGAUAUUCCUAUGCAUUUGUUAUUAUAUUGUUUUAUUUUCAUGAGAUAGAGCAAAAGGCUGUGGUGUCAUCGGUGUUAAUGUUAAGGCGGAUGCAUUUUGAGACGAAGUGUUUUUCUUUACCUUUUUAGUACCAACAGCAACUGCAAAAGUGACGACACCGUCUCCGACAACACCAGGUAUCUCAAUGUACACUUUAUUUUAUCAUUAUUUUUUUUUUGUAAUUAUUCUUGUUCUUUGUACUUUUAUUACAAUUUGUUGUUGGUAACUGUUGUAGAUCCUUGCCUGACUGAAGGCUGCAAUGCUCCAUACAAUCUGGGCUGUAG